AUGAAAUUAAAAUUUAUAAUAAUAUUGUUUUGUAUUAUUUUUUUAAAAUCACAAGCAUCAGAUAAAUUUAUAGAAAUAUUUAAACCCACACAACUAGUAUAUCCAGACAAGAGCCAUGAAAGAUUAUUAAUCAACGAAACAUCAUUAAAUCUUUUAAACUCAUUAUUAGACAAAAAUCUAUCAGUUCUAGGGGUUGUGGGCACAUUUCAUAGUGGUAAAAGUUUUUUGUUAAAUCAAAUUUUAGGUACAACCGAUAGUUUUACAGUUGGCCCAACUGUACAUCCUCAAACUUUAGGUAUUUGGAUGUGGGCAUGUAAAUUAAAAGUUCAAAAUAAGGAGCAUACUCUUCUUUUAUUGGAUACUGAAGGUUUUUACUCAAGCAAUGUCUCUGAAACUUAUGAUGCUAAAAUAUUUUCAAUUACAACAUUACUUAGUUCCCACUUAAUUUAUAAUUCAGUUAAAAUAAUUGACCAAUCAUCAUUGGAAUAUCUAGAACUCCUAUCAAGAAGAACUCAAUUAUUUGCAUUAAAAUCAAAAAUAAAAUCUUCAGAAAUCGAAUCGAAAUCAUCAAAUUUAGAAUGGUCAGAUGUUUUAAAGUUUCCAUCAUUAACUUGGGUUGUACAAGAUUUUUUUCAAGAUAUUGGCGAACAAACUCCUACUGAAUGGCUUCAUGAAUUAUUAAAAUCACACUCUAGAGACCAACCAGAUAGUAUAUUAUCUAUUUCACAAAUAUUUCCAUCUAUCCAAUGCAAUACACUAUUUAUACCAAGUGGAGAUAAAGGAACUCUUAGACAUUUAAAUAGAGCUAAAAUGGCAGAUUUAAAUCCAAUUUAUAUUAGAGAACUCAAUCAAUUAAUUGAUUCAUUAUUUUCAUCACUAAAACCUACUCUUAGCGGUCCUUCAAUAGGAACAUUAUUAAAAUUAUUAGUAGAUGUAGCAAAUUCAAAUAACUUCCCACGUGUUCCUUCUAUUUGGAGUGGAUUUAUUAAACAACAACAGCAAUCGGCUCUAGAUGAUAGUUUGGAGGCUUACAAAGAAAAGAUUACAAGUUUUCGUACAACAAAUCCCCCAUUGUCUCAUCAGCAAUUUUUAGAGUUACAAAAGCAUUCAUACGACUAUGCCAGCAAUCUUUAUAAACAACUUUUAUUUGGUUUAGAAGAAGCUUACAAGCCAGGUUUAGUUAAAUUAGACAAAUUAUUAAAAGAGAAUUUCGAAACUUAUCAAAAGGAAAACUCUAUUCGAAUUAGACAAUAUUGUCAAAAUAUUUAUAAUGAGCAAUCAAACGAUAUAUCCUCCCAAUUUGACCAAUUAAAGUUACCUAUUCAAACAAAGAAAUUAAAUACAAUUUUACAGGAUGCCAAAGAUUCAAUUACUAAAGAAUAUAUAGAUAAAAAUUAUAAAUACAGAGAAUCAAAAGAACAUUAUCAAUUUUUUUUAAAUUCAUUAGAAAAGGAUAUCGAUAGAUUAAUAGUUCAAAAACAAUUACAAAACAAAAAUGAGAUGGAAAAUUUAUUGACAAAAUCAGGUUUGGCAAUAGCAGAGCGUUAUAAUCAGGCAAUGAGCUUGAUCGAGUUCCCAACUACACUCAAUGAACUAUCAAAAGAGCACAACACAUUAUUCAAACAAUUCCAAGAGAGAUACAAACAAACUACAGAGUUGGCAGUUUCCGAAUCUUAUUAUUUAGCUUAUGAAGCAAUGGCCGAAAAGAGGUUGCAACAAAUUUAUACAGAAUUUUUAGAAUAUAAUGAAAAAAAGAUAUUGGAAAAAGCAAAGGUCGAAUCAGAAUUAUCUAUGAAUGAUUUCAAAAAGAAUGUAGGAAACAAUAUUUUUUUACCCAUGGAAGAAGAUUUAUUAGUCAAACAAAUGAACGAAUUUCGUAUUCAUUCUUUAACUUCAUUCAAAAACCGCUUACAAACCUUCAGAGAUUCCAAUGCCUAUUCAAAUGAAUUAAAGCGUUUAGAAUCAUUUUUAGAAUACCAAAUAGAAACUAAAAUUCAAGAAAAUGUAACACAAAUGAAAUGGAUUGUUAAAGAAUCAUUGGAUACAGUUAGGAUAAUGAUGGCAUCGCGUGUUAAUUUAUUUUGGGUUAAAUAUUCUUUUGAAAACGAAGCAAGAAAAGAAGCAGAGAAAAGAAUUAGCGGUAAAAUUAAAUCUAAAGCUUUAAUGGAUAAAGUAAUAACUCAAUUCAUCGAAACAGAUUUAAAAAAAGAAUUGGAUAGUUUAUUUGGUUUGGUACCAUUAGUUAUCACAGGAAUACUUUUAAUAGUUUUUUCGAUAAUAUUAUCUUUGGUAUUAAAAAAAUAA